CAACCGCCAUCAUCUCUACAGCCCUCCGCCCCCUCCCAUCACUACAACAAUAUCAACAAUGUCUGGACGCGGAAAAGGUGGAAAGGGAUUGGGUAAGGGCGGUGCUAAGCGUCACCGCAAGAUCUUGCGUGACAACAUCCAGGGUAUCACCAAGCCCGCUAUCCGUCGUCUUGCGCGUCGUGGUGGUGUCAAGCGUAUCUCUGGCUUGAUCUACGAAGAGACCCGUGGUGUCUUGAAGAUUUUCCUCGAGAACGUCAUCCGUGACUCUGUCACCUACACCGAGCACGCUAAGCGCAAAACCGUCACGGCUCUUGACGUCGUCUAUGCGUUGAAGCGCUCCGGUCGCACGCUCUACGGUUUCGGCGCUUGAUUGCACCCUACCCAUCCUAUCCACCCGGCCUUCACCUUUUUUUUCCUUUUGUAUCGCCUAUGUCUUGAUAUGCCAGGUUCUGAUCCGACUCCUUUGUAUGAUACCAUGAUAGUGAAUAUGAUCUAUGCAGCU